AUGUCGGGUGCAGUAGGCCGAGAGCCAGUCUUCCCGACUCGCCAGUCGCUGGGGUUGAUGAAGAGCAAGCUGAAGGGGGCAGAGACGGGCCACAGCUUGCUUAAGCGCAAGAGUGAAGCUUUGACAAAGCGUUUCCGAGAAAUUACAAGACGUAUCGAUGAGGCCAAACGAAAGAUGGGCCGGGUGAUGCAGAUUGCCGCCUUCUCGCUUGCCGAAGUCAGCUAUGCCGUCGGUGGAGAUAUUGGAUACCAGGUUCAGGAGUCGGCCAAGCAGGCUCGAUUCCGGGUCCGAGCCAAGCAAGAGAACGUCUCCGGAGUGUUCCUACCACAAUUCGAGAGCUACACUCAGGAGGGUGUCAAUGACUUUGCCUUGACUGGUCUCGGCAAAGGAGGACAGCAAAUCCAGCGAUGCCGAGAGACAUAUGCGCGGGCCGUGGAGACGUUGGUGGAGCUGGCCAGUCUACAGACUGCAUUCUUGAUUCUUGAUGAGGUUAUCAAGGUUGUCAACCGAAGAGUAAACGCGAUCGAGCACGUCAUCAUCCCUCGUACCGAAAACACCAUCAAAUACAUCAACUCCGAGCUUGACGAACUCGAUCGAGAGGAGUUCUACCGCCUCAAGAAGGUCUCCGGCAAGAAGCAGCGAGACAACGCUGCCGCUGAUGCCGAAAUUCUCGCAGCACGGAAAAAGGCAGAGGCAGAAGAAGCAGCGGGUGCCGUUGCUGCUGCGGAGCCCGAGGCUGCUCCCGAAGCUGCCGAUGUCCUAGGCGAGCAGGAGGAUAACGAUGUCAUUUUCUAG